AUGGCUCUGGCUACUUUUGAUCGAUUUCUAAUCAGUAGUCCAUUGGUUAAAUAUCGGCAAUUCAGUUCUUUUCGCAAUGCUUAUCGAAUGAUCGGAAUUAUCAUGCUUAUCUUAUGUGUCAACUAUGCGAAUCUAUUUUAUUGUGCCAAUAUCAAAGGAAAACCUCCAUCAUCAUCAUGCACAUCGAUCACAACACAAGCAUGUGGUUUUUAUAACGAAUUAUCUCGAAUAAUGACGGUUGCAAUCAUUCCUGGAUUGAUAAUAUUUAUAUUUGGUCUCGGUACUAUUCGACAUUUGAAGAAACUUCGAACUGCUGUUGGAACAACAACAACAGAUCGGACGCAAUCACAAUUUCGAAUGCGAAAAACAGAUCGAGAACUCAUGCGGAUGUUAAUCGGACAGAUAGUUCUAAUUUUCGUCUCGUGGAUUCCUCAUGCUGCAGAACGCAUCUAUGUUGUUAUCACUUUGAACGAAGUUAAAACUCCACUUCGAACAGCUCAAGACAAUUUAUGGGAUCAAAUAAUGUGGAUCGAAACAACCUUCGAUAGUUCACUGUCGUUCUAUGUUUAUCUGUUCACAGGUGGAAUUCUUUUUCGACAGACACUCCGAAAAAUGUUUCGAUGUGCAACAACGACAUCCAGAACAACAGCACUCAACGACAUGUCUCUUACGCAAGCUCAAACAAUAAAUUGA